CACCUGCAAUUUCAUAAAGAGAGAAAAUGAGCCAUCUUUUUAUCGCUUCUCUUCACUCCAAAUCUCUGCAUUCUCUCAGCUAAUUUCCACCCCUUGCAUCGCAUCAAUAUUUCCCUGUACUUCUCUCUCAUUUUGCUCCCCUAACCGUCCCAACACAUGUAAAUUCGGCUUUCGUGUUUUUGUCGAAAUCUAGGGUUUCUUUCUUCUUAGGAGCUUCAAAUCUGAUACUCCCCGUAACAUUUAUCUCAAUUCGAUAGCCUAUAAGCGCGCACUUUCGGUUCAUUACAAUUACCCGUGUCUAGGUUUGGCGAUCUGUAUGUGGUUCUUGUUUGGAUUUGAUCUAAUUGAGUAUGGAGGGUCAUGUUGUUGGCGAUGUGGGGAUGCUGGACGCAGAGCUGUUGCAGCUGCCGGAGCUGGCUCCAUUGGCGUUCAAAUCGAACCUCGAAUUUGCACAGAAGCUCUUUGACCAAUGGCUCUCGCUUCCUGAAGCCAACCGGACGGUUACAUCACUGCUUAGUGAUGCCAAGGCAGGUGUUCCACUGAAUGUGCCCGGAAAUUCCUCCAGUGCUAAUGCUACUGCCAGCAAUUCAUUACCUUCCAUGUUUCCAGCCGGUAGUGCACCUCCACUUUCUCCUAGAAGUUCUUCUGGUUCUCCCCGCGUAAUGAAACAGAGGGCUGGUCCUUCAAACUUAGGUUCUCCUCUGAAAGUAGUCAGCAAGCCAGUAAAAGAGUUGAUACCUCAGUUUUACUUCCAAAAUGGCCCUCCACCGCCGAAUGAGCUAAAAGAACAAUGUUUGUUUCGUAUCAAUCACUUUUUCUAUGGCCGCUCAGAUGGAUUACAGAUACACGAAUUUAAAUCUAUCACUAAGGAAAUAUGCAAGCUGCCAUCAUUCUUCUCUCCAUCUCUUUUCGGAAAAGUUGACGUUAAUGGCACUGGUUUUGUGACAAGGGAUGCAUUCAUCGAUUAUUGGAUCAAUGGCAACAUGUUGACAAUGGCCACAGCAACCCAAAUGUAUGCAAUUUUGAAGCAACCAAAUCUCAAAUACCUCACUCAGGACGACUUCAAACCUGUUCUUCGAGAACUACUGGCGACUCAUCCAGGAUUAGAGUUCCUACAAAGUACACCUGAGUUCCAAGAAAGAUAUGCUGAAACUGUAAUAUACAGAAUAUUUUACUACAUAAAUAGGUCUGGAAAUGGUCAUCUUACAUUGAGGGAGCUGAAACGUGGAAAUCUAAUUGAUGCAAUGCAGCAUGCUGAUGAGGAGGAGGAUAUCAAUAAAGUUUUGAGGUAUUUCUCUUAUGAACAUUUCUACGUUAUAUACUGCAAAUUUUGGGAGCUGGAUACAGAUCAUGAUUUCUUGAUCGACAAAGAGAACCUUAUCAGAUAUGGCAACCAUGCACUAACCUACAGAAUUGUUGAUAGAAUAUUCUCUCAGGUUCCUAGAAAGUUUACAAGCAAGGUUGAGGGAAAGAUGGGCUAUGAAGAUUUUGUGUAUUUUAUACUGUCAGAGGAGGAUAAGUCAUCAGAGCCGAGUCUUGAGUAUUGGUUCAAGUGCAUAGAUUUGGAUGGGAAUGGAGUUGUGACACGGAAUGAAAUGCAAUUCUUUUUUGAGGAACAAUUGCAUCGAAUGGAAUGCAUGGCGCAAGAGCCUGUGCUCUUUGAGGAUAUUUUGUGCCAGAUUAUUGACAUGAUUGGACCAGAGGAUGAGAGCUAUAUCACAAUUCACGACCUUCAAGGUUGUAAACUUUCAGGAAGUGUUUUCAAUAUACUCUUCAACCUCAACAAAUUUAUGGCCUUUGAGACCCGUGAUCCAUUUCUCAUUCGGCAGGAACGUGAAAAUCCAACAUUGACAGAGUGGGAUCGCUUUGCUCAUAGAGAAUAUAUUAGACUCUCAAUGGAAGAAGAUGUUGAGGAUGCGUCUAAUGGAAGUGCUGAAGUUUGGGACGAAUCGCUUGAGGCUCCAUUUUGAGUUCUGUUUGUUAAGCAGUGGCAAGAUUCUUCUUUUUCGCUAGCUGCCGGACACAAGCAGUCAACCUAACAAUCAUUUAUCGAAUGCACCACAAAGAUGUCUCUUGCAUCAAAGAGAAGUACAAGUGUAGCCAUGUGGACUAUUUUUGGUGUACCAGGAGAAGAAAUACAGACCACUGCAUAUGACAAUCAAUCAAUACAUUGCAAUUUGGAGCUGUGUUUAUGAUGCUUUGAUUCCUGCAGAAGGUAUUUUCUGAAAGGUGAUGGAUUGAAUUCAGAUUAGUCCGGAUUUAAGUACAGAACAAUUUAGAAUUUUUAUUUUCAAUUUACCAGGUGUAAUAAGUCUAAGUUUUCUUCCCUCUUUGAUUUAGACGUUUUUUAAUUUGAAUGCUGGGAGUUUGUAAGUCUCAGGAAGUUUAAUUAUAAUGUUUAUCAUCAUUUUUUUUUGACUGGGUUGGAAA